UGCAAAAUGCUGCCAGACUUCAUGGAUUUUGGAGUUUAUUUUGGUCUCGUGUGUCCUACUGAGCCGAGUUCCAGUUAAAUAACCCGUUUUUUAAUGGACCCUGGCAGGAGAGGAACAUACUGGCGUGCGUCUGGAGAUUUACUCAGUAAACAACCCUUGUUUUUUUGUUUUUGUUUUGCACUUUCGAGGGAAAGUUCAAAGAGAUAGCAGCUGGAGGUGAAACUUGAGCGCCACCAUGCCGGGGAACAGCGAGGUGUACGCGGGCAAGAGGAGGAAGAAGCCCGUUCAGAAAAGUCGCGAAAGCAUCUGCAUGUCCCGACGUGUCGCAGAGGAAUUACAUCGCGUGAACAAACUCGACGACCUUUGGAGGGAUUGCCAAGACAUUCAGUGCAGACGUUCAUGAUCCCAAGAGGAUGAACCCGGCUGACUCUGCGCCAAGCCUCCGUCCGUGAAGACCAAUCCGUCCAAGCGCCACCGGGACCGUCUGAAUGGAGAGCUGGAGCGCCUCACCGGCAUGCUGCCGUUCUCCGGGGAGGUCAGGAGUCGUCUGGACAAGCUGUCUGUGCUGCGGCUCAGCGUGGGAUUCCUCAAGGUCAAGAGUUAUUUCAACGUAGCGCUCCAGAAGCAUGUGAGGGCAGCUUCUCUCGCGUCUGCAAACGGCAGAAAGGAACAGUCGGUGUCUCUGGAUGGAGUCGGUUUCUCGGAGGGAGAACUUCUUCUCCAGGCUUUAAACGGGUUUGUGCUGGUGGUCACGACGGAUGGAACGAUCUUCUACACGUCCCCGACCAUCCAGGACUUCCUGGGCUUCCAUCAGUCCGAUAUGGUCCACCAGAAUGUUCAUGAUCUCGUUCACACGGAGGACCGAGAGAUGUUCAGAUGUCAGCUCCACUUCGCCCUCAAACCCAGCGACGCACACUCAGACGUGAGAUCACAAGAUGGCCAGUCGAGCAGUCGAGCUGGGAGCAGCUCUGGGAGCUCGCUGCCUCAGUACGUCCCCCCAGAGAACUCCUCUUUCCUGGACAGAAGCUUCUGCUGUCGCCUGCGCUGCCUCCUGGACAACGCCUCCGGAUUCCUGGCUCUAAACUUCAACGGGCGUCUGAAGUACCUCCAUUUGCAGGGAAGCUCCUCCCCUCCUCAGCUGGCUCUGUUUGCCAUCGCCACUCCUCUGCAGCCUCCCUCCGUCAUGGCGAUCCGGACCAAGACCCUCAUCUUCCAGACGAAACACAGCAUGGACUUUGCUCCCAUGGGCAUAGACACCAGAGGGAAGCUGGUGUUGGGAUACACAGAGGUAGAGUUGGUCACAACCGGCUCCGGCUAUCAGUUCAUCCACGCCGCCGACAUGAUGUACUGCGCCGACAACCACCACCGCAUGAUGAAGACCGGAGACAGCGGCUUCACGUUCUUCAGGCUGCUGACCAAAGCGGGAUGCUGGUUGUGGGUUCAGGCCAACGCCCGGAUCGUCUUCAAGGGAGGGAGACCCGACUUCAUCAUCGCUCGACAGAAAUCCCUCACAAACGAAGAAGGAGAGGAACACUUGCACCAGAGGAGACGGCAGCUCCCGUUCAACCUGGCCAUGGGCGAGGGAGUCCUGUACGACGUGGCUCUCGAACCCAUCCCCGGCCUUCCUUCCUGCUCUCUCUCGGGUACCGCGGAGCAGCCCGCGGCAGAGAAACCUCUGGACCCCGCCUCCCUCCUGGGAUCCCUUCUCCGCCAAGACCGCUCCGUUUACGGCUCCGGCGUCCAGCUCCCCGGCGUCAGCCCAAUCCAGGACGAGGAUUUGGAGCAACCGCCGUCCGCCUUGGAGCGGGCCUUCCUGGACAGCCACGCCGUCCUCAGCGUGCCGGGCCAGACCCGGGGCUCGAGGGCCGCCGCGGGGGACCGCGCAUCGGAGUCCGUGAUCGACUCUUUGGAGCAGAUUUUGGGGGGUAUCGCGGAUGGAGGGCUAGAGGGUCUCGACAUUGAGGAGGCAGAGCUGAGGGACUGGGAGAACACGCUCGCCCGGCUGAGCGACGAGAGGGACGACGCACCGAGGGACGUGAACCGCAUCCUGGCCAACGACGUGUUCUCGUACGUGGAGGAGGCUCUGAGGAGGGAGACGGCGGCGCCGGGUCCGCUUCACGUCUCUGGCUCUUUCAACGCGCAGCGUCCCGGGUCCGUGUCUUCAGACGCCGCGUGGCCGCGGCUUCGGAGCCCGCCGGCGUGGCAGCAGUUCCUCCGUCACACACCGACACAUUCCUCACCCGGCAGCUGCAUGUACGAGAGGAGAGAGGGUCGCGAGCCCAACACCGGGCGGAGCGGGCCUCUCCCGGGACCUCCGCGCUCCGGAGGAAACGCCGACGUUCCAUCGGUCCGGCCCCGUGCGGGCGGAGCCCUCGGUCCGGGGGCGGCGGCCGGCUGCACAGGCGUGGACGACGUCCGCUUGGGAGCGGCUCCGUCAGAAUCUCCUCCCGAGAGCGGAUCGAUGCAGUCGUCGUUCUUCUGUUGGACCGGCGACGCUCAGAUCCCCAACGUUUCCAUGAACGGCGUCGUCGACCCGUUCGCCUUCUCUGCUCUUUCCACCGGGAGCAUCAACCUUCACCAGAACUCCGGCACAUAGCGACUCAGAGACGCCACGAUGUCCGACGGGGAGACUCGUGGUAUUUCUGCGGCUCGCCGAGGAACACGAACCCUCUCAUUUCAAACCAACAAAAAAUAAAUGACGUUUGCCGCACGACAAUCUUUUGCAGAUUUUGAGACUUGAUGAAGUCUCGUGCGUCUUUAAUUACAUUCAGAAAAAAUCUGUUUCAAUGUCAACCUGAUAAUUAUUUAAAGAUGGGCCUCAUUGAAUUAUGAAUUUUUACGAGAUCGGUUUUGUUUCUGUCUCCGAGGGAUUUUAUUCAGCUGUGAAAACAAAAGCAAAAACAUUUAAAUAUAGAACUAAUCUUUUCCAGACAUUUUGGAAAAAAUUGAGACUCAUCAGAUGUUUCACACAUUUUAGAGUUAUAUCUGCCAAUUAUCUGGCAAUUUUAAAAGAACCACAAUAUGUUACUAUAUAUGUAGUUCUACAUUGAAUAAACAUUAUCGACAUUAAGCGUCUUUGAGUACCGGUACUAUGAAAAGCGCUAUAGAAAUUUUAUGUAUUAUUAUUAUUAUUAUAAAAUGCACAUCAUGCAGUUUUAAAAUACUAUAAAAUCAGGUUGACGGCUCAAUGUGAUCUAAAUUAAGAGUGACUCUGAACUACACAAACAUGUCGUUUGAAUCCGGCUCAGCUGCGUCAAAGAACUUUGUUUACCUUGUCAAGUCAAAUUAUAUUCAUAUUAAAGUACACAUUUAUGCAUUGUUCCCUGUACGAGAUCGCCAUAUUAUUGCGCUUCUGUAAUUAUAAGUAAUUCUACGCUCUGUAGCUGCAUUGUAUUCCUCGUGUACAAGAAAUACCCAUUGGGGACACGCGUAAUUUAUUUAGCCAUUAAAGACCUGUAACCCCUCUGUUACCUGCAUGUAUGACUCUCCGUGCCACACAAGAAGCCGUAUCUCUAUUUGAAUGGGGACACUGUGUGAAUGUAUCAGGGUUCGUACGGUCAUGGAAAACCUAGAAAAGUCAUGGAAUUUUAAAAUGGUCAUUUCCAGGCCUGGAAAAGUCCUGGAAAAAACUUAAAUCAUAAAAGUUUUGAAAAAGUCAUGGAAAUGUGUUAUAAUCACAUGUUCAUUCACGCCGAGUUUGAAAUAAUUAAUAUGUUUUCUAAAGAAAGUCGCUCAAAAUACAAGCCGGCGUACGCUCUCAAUACGCUAACUUUUCUAAAAUGUUUAUGUUUAUACCGAGAUUUCAGUUUGGUCGUGGAAAUUUGGUUAAAAGUCCUGGAAAUCCAUCGGUCAAAAUGUGUAAGAACCCUGUUGUAUUCAAACUGGGUCACCCGCUGACAUCUCCCGUACAAAGAGGUAUCGGGUUGAAUGAAGCCCGUUGUGAUCGUGGGCUGCGCCGGCCGCUCCAGUGCCGGCCUGCAUUGUCCCCUGUGGAGGAUCUUAUGCGUGUUCCCACCGGCCGUUACGUAACCGUCAGCUGCGGCGCUUCUCCGCCCGCCUCACACGGCAGACCCCCCUCGGCCUCUCGUGUGUCUCCUGUCGUUUUUGAAUGGAUGCACAACCUUUUUUUAAUUUUUUUUUUAAAAAAAGAGUCCCAACAAGAUCAAGAGGCAGCAGACAUUCUUUGAGGCUGGGCAUGGACACGAUGACGCUUGGAGCUGAAUGACAUGUCGCCCCAACCUGCUGGAUCGCAGUGUUAACACCCCUCAGUGGAGGAGGGAGUACUCAAAAACUUCUACUUAACCCUCCUGUUACCUUUAGGGUCAAUUUGACCCCAUUCAAUGUUUAACGUCGGUGUUCUUUGGGGUCAAUUUGACCCCAGGCUGUUUUUCACUGUGUCAAACAUAUAAGAACUAGAACGGGCACUCAGUAGAGCGCAUACCUUCGCAUAUCACAAGAUUGGGCAUUGAAUUAUUAACAUUGUGGCAUUAGUUGCAUGCCAAUUGGAUAAAAAUUGACCGCGCUAUGGUAAAAAGAAGAUGUUGACCUUUUCAUGACCUUGACCUUUGACCCGAUCGAUCCCAAAAUCUAAUCAAAUGGUCCCCGGAUAAUAACCAAUCAUCCCACUAAAUUUCAUGCGAUUCGGUUUCAUUCUUUUUUAGUUAUGCGAGUAACACGCAUACAAAUAAAUAAAUACACGGCGAUCAAAACAUAACCUUCCGCAUUUUCAAUGCGAAGGUAAAUAUCAACUUUUUUAUAUAUUUAAAGGGCUAUUUAGGUAGUCAACAAACAAACAUAAAGUACCUCACACUUAAACUUGGGAAACAAUAUUAAUUCUAAUAAUUUUCUGGAGGUUUUAAUUGCUGGGGUCAAAUUGACCCCGAGGGUAAAACAUGUUAGUAAAUGUGAAGCUAACAGGAGGGUUAAGUAACAAUAGCAAUACCAUAGUGUAGAAAUACGCCAUUCAAAUGUUUACCUGCAUAAAAGUACAAAAGUAGUAGCAUCGAAAUGUGUGUAGUUGUGUAGAGUGGCCGAGUACAGAAGGGGUUAUGUCUCUUAUCUUAACACGUAACGCUACAUCACAAUUCAUGUAUUGUUUGAUAAUGUUUUCCAUUUUAAGUCGUAAGCACGUUUUGUAACUGAAGCUCUGAAAUAUAUUGCGUGUGGUGAUGUAGGAGUACGAAGUUACUCACGUAACGCUACGUGCCCAGCGGGGAAUGUAAAAUACAGCGAGGACGUGUAGUUUAACCGAAUGGAUUUAGAAAUCAUUAUUUUUUGUGGAUUUUCCGCUAACAUGUAUGCUUGUGCUUGAAAAUGAGCGCAACAUUAUUAUUAUGAGAAGAACAGAAAUUAGAAAAAAAGUGCUUCAUUGAUUUAAAUCUUUAGUUAUAAAGUGUCUUCAUUAUACUUUAA